AUGUCACCCCGGGUGCACGGAGCGGGUGCUUAUAACCGGGUGCCUGACUGCCUGUCCUGGUACCGGUACUGGGUCGCCCAGUGGUGUCCCGGUGCUGCUAUUGCCCAACCUAGCGCUGUCCUGGUGCUGGUACUGCUGGUACUGGUACUGGCCGGCCUGGCAGUGUGUCAGUACCGGUCGUUCUUCGUGCCUGCCCGCUCACCAGAUCCCUGCGCCACGCCGGUGCCUGCGCUGGAUCAAGGCGAAGACCCCGUGCAGGACGCUGCGCAGGAAUCCCCAUGCUUGGGACAUGAGGACUGUGUUGGGCAGGAUCCCGGCUCCCCAUCCUCCUGCCUGCUGGCUGCUGCGUCCCCAGAUGUCUCUUCUCCCGGCAGCGCCUCCUCGGGUGAAGAUAGCCCCUCUGCCCCUGACAGCUCCUCCACUUCCCUUCCUGGUAUCCCCCGGCGCAGGACGGCUCGUAAGCAGGUCCCCAAGCGCAAAAUGGAGCUGGCGAGCUGUGCGGAGAACGGGCACGACGUGGAGCCUGAUCCCAAGCGGCAGAGGGAAGAGCCGGGAGAUGGAUGCAAAUUGGACAGCACAGAGAUGCAGGAGGUGAGGGAUCAGAGCUCAGAGGAGGCUAAGGAGGCAGAAGAUGGCAACAGGGAUGGUGAAACCCAGGCAUCAGAGCUUCCAAAGUCCAGCAAAGCCAUUGCUGACAUCUUUGCCCCCAGGAAGGGGUCGAGGACAAAGGCAGAGGAAAGGGCAGCCUCGAAGAUGCCAACCCUGAAGAGUUCAGCCCCCACCAGCAUUGAAAGCACGAAUGGGACUGCAAGCAGUCCCUCCCAGGUUGCUGAGCCUCUGGAUCCAGCCCAGUACAACCCCUCCAAGAGCAGCUAUCACCCCAUUCAUGAUGCCUGCUGGGCCCCCAGGCAGAGGGUCCCCUACCUGGCUGUGGCUCGUACCUUUGAGCGCAUUGAGGAAGUCUCUGCCCGCCUGAAGAACAUUGAGACCCUAAGCAACUUCCUCCGCUCAGUCAUUGCCCUGUCACCAUCUGACCUCCUGGCCUGCGUCUACCUCUGUCUGAACCGCCUAGGCCCUGCCUAUGAGGGGCUGGAGCUGGGCAUUGGGGAGAGCAUCCUCAUGAAGGCUGUUGCACAGGCCACGGGCCGCCAGCUAGAGAAAAUCAAGAGCGAGGCCCAGGAGAAGGGAGAUCUGGGGCUGGUGGCCGAGAGCAGCCGCAGCAACCAGCGGACCAUGUUCGCGCCACCCAAGCUGAGCGCCGCCGGGGUCCUCAGCAAGCUGCAGGAGAUGGCCAGGAUGACAGGCAAUGCCUCAAUGAACAAGAAAAUCGAUAUCAUCAAGGGGCUGUUUGUGGCCUGCCGCCACUCCGAGGCUCGCUACAUUGCCCGGUCACUGAGCGGGAAGCUGCGCAUCGGGCUGGCAGAGCAGUCAGUGCUGGUGGCUUUGGCCCACGCCGUCUCACUGACUCCCCCAGCACAAGGGUGGCCCCCAGCUGUGGUGGAUGCCAGCCAGGGCAAGAAUCACCCAGUGUUGAACAGAGCUCGACCAGGCUUAUUUUUUUCCAGUGAGCUGCCGAACUAUGCUGCCAUCAUUCCUGUGCUGCUGGAGCACGGGCUCGAGAGCCUGCCCCUGCACUGCAAGAUCACCCCAGGGAUUCCCCUGAAGCCCAUGCUGGCCCAGCCCACCAAAGGCAUCGGGGAGCUCCUGAAACGCUUUGAGGAGGUGGCCUUCACCUGCGAGUACAAGUACGAUGGCGAGCGAGCCCAGAUCCACAUCCUGGAGAAUGGGGCCGUGUAUGUCUACAGCCGCAACCAGGAGAACAACACCUCCAAGUACCCUGACAUCAUCACCCGCAUCCCCAAGGUGAAGAAGGCCAGUGUGCAGUCGUGCAUCCUGGAUGCAGAAGCUGUCGCGUGGGACCCAGAGAAGAAGCAAAUUCAGCCGUUCCAGGUGCUGAUGACACGGAAGAGGAAGGACGUGGAGGCUGCUGAGAUCAAAGUGCAAGUGUGCCUGUAUGCCUUUGACAUGCUGUACCUCAAUGGGGAGUCGCUGGUGAAGGAGCCUUUCUCCAAGCGCCGACGGUUGCUGCGCGAAUCCUUCGUGGAGACAGAGGGUGAAUUCCUCUUUGCCACCUCCAUGGAUGCCUGCAGCACAGAGGAAAUCUCUGAAUUCUUGGACCAGUCCAUCAAGGACUCCUGCGAGGGCCUCAUGGUGAAGACUCUGGAUGUGGAUGCCACCUAUGAAAUUGCAAAGCGAUCCCACAAGUGGCUGAAGCUGAAGAAGGAUUACCUGGAAGGAGUCGGGGACACGCUGGACUUGGUGGUCAUCGGUGCCUACCUGGGGAAGGGCAAGCGCGUAGGCAUGUAUGGGGGCUUCCUGCUGGCCUGCUACGAUGAGGAGAGUGAAGAGUACCAGAGCAUCUGCAAGAUUGGGACGGGCUUCACGGAGGAGAGCUUAGAAAAGCACUACGGCUUCCUCAAGGACCAUGUCCUGGACCAGCCACGGCCCUACUACCGCUGGGACAGCGGGGCAGCACCUGACCACUGGCUGGCAGCUGUGCAGGUUUGGGAGGUGAAGUGUGGUGACCUCUCCAUCUCCCCUGUCUACAAAGCAGCUGUGGGCCUGGUCGAUGAGGAGAAAGGCAUCUCACUGCGCUUCCCCCGGUUCCUGCGUGUGCGGGAGGACAAGAAGCCAGAAGAGGCUACCAGCAGCUCCCAGGUGGCUGAGCUAUACAAGAAGCAGCAGCAGAUCCAGAACCAGCAGCUUGCAGAGAAAGGGGAGGAUGAGGACUUUUACUAACAGCCUGGCUGGUGUGGGGACCCCAUGCCUGUGGUACACACAUGGCUCCGGGACAGGGACUUUGGGAUAAAAACAUGCCUCCCCACCACAGUGCAGACCUCAGGGCCUGACCCUGCUCUUUCUCCAGGGUAUAUAUGUGGCUUCAACCUGGGACAGGGAUCCUGGGGCCAGGUCUCACUCCAUCCCUGCGGUCCAUGCCUGACUCCUCUCUGGGACAGGUACCCUGUGGUCUGACAUGACUCAGUCCCCAAGUCUAUGUGUAACUCUCUGCUCUGGGAUAGGGAGCCCAGGGCCUGAGCCUACUCUGUCCCUGAAGUCCAUGUGUGACUCUCCUCCAGGCCAUGGGCCCCAGGAUCUGACCGUGCUUCGUCCCUGGGCUACACAGGCAGGACAGGGUCCUCGAGGCCUCACGUUGCUCCAUUGUAUGCAGUUUCCCUCCAGGACAGGAACCCCCAGGACUUGUCCCCAGGGUCCCUGCAUGCCUCCUGCUCCAGGCCAGGGCUGUACCCACACUCCCCAAUAAACACUGCCGCUGCGCCUGUACGUUCUACAUCCGGCCAGGGCUGGCACGGCGAA